AUGCUUGCCAACACUCUGUGACAAGCUGUUCAAGAACCAACGUUGCUUUUAUUCAAACGUUCAAAUUUAGCAUAUACACUAAAGUAAGUUACAACUUGAAUCUUUUAUGUAGGUUAACGUAGAAAAAAUGAUUUUAAAGCGUUGUUGAUUUAAUAGUUUUUCUUUUAUUCGUAUAAAACAUUGUCUAACCUGUGUUCGAAAGCCUUUGAUUUAUAACAAAUUUCAUAGGAAAGAUUAAGGAUUUUCUUAAUAGAUUUAGAUAUUGGCUAUUAAUUCGAUUAAGAAAUAAUAUUGAUAGCAACAAGGACGACGUAUACGUUAACAACGUAUACUAAAAAAAGGGAAUAUAUUAAUAUGCACUAAACAGAUUUUCCUAAGCUUUAUACAAAUAAAAAUAGAAGUUUGCGUCCAAUAUUUUUUAUACACUGCUUUUUUAGUCACUGCUAUAUAUUUUUAUUUCUUAGCUUUUCCAUUCAAAAUCCCAAAGGCCUGUACCUUUGCGACGCUAUAGGCCAAAUCUAUGGCAUGCUAUUGAAUCAUAUACCUUUUUCCUCUUAAUCAUAUUACCCUACCUCACAGAUGACUUUAAGCGAUGAAGAACUCACCAACAUUUUCUACCAGUUGGACACAGACAAAAGUGGUUUAGUUGACAGAAAAGAAAUAAGAGUUAUGGUUGAGAAGAUCGUCAAUCAACACCGUGACAAAUUAGGUUCGGAGGCUAAUAUUCAGGCCCAAAUCGAAUUCCUUAUGGGGAAAUUUGAUGUCAAUCAGGAUGGACAAAUCACACUCAAAGAAUUUAUUGAGGCUUACAGAGGAGCUAAACGCUAA